CAGCUGUCGGUCACUGGCGCGUAAGCUCUACCCAAGUCCAGGCGACUUUGUACGGCAAACUGUUGAUGAGGUCGAGGUACCCGCGACAUGGACGUGACCGAAUCAUCCGAACCGACCCCUUCCUUCCCUCACCUCCUGGGCCUUAUUCUAGAGGCAAUCACUGCUUACCUCCUCGUUGGAACCCCGUUCCUUCCUGAGCUAUCCUGUCCGUCCACUCAUCAGCGCCGGCGCCCCCUUUCCCCCAAUUAUAUUCGCAUGAUAAUAAACCUGCUUCUGACCUCUCUCUCGUCCUGGCUUCUUCUUCUUCUUCCUGUGUAUGCGUGUUUGCGACGACUUCACUCGCAAUCUUCUCCUCUUCCUCUGAUUCCGCAUUCUCGAGAAGUACCCAGCUCUCGACUCUCAAGAAACCCCUCUCAGCUCGCUCUUUUGCCAGAUAUCCUUGCGGAAGAAAUCCCACAUCAUUCAACCCUCCCGGUCCAGACGAAUUGCGUCCCGACCACCAUGUCAUUCCUCUACCCUAGACAAGAUACCCUCAAGGGAUGCUUUGCGUCCCCUUUUGGCAGCCGUCCUAACAAGGCAGUGGACACCAUGGCCAUGGCGAAACCUACGCGCUACCAGGCCCGCCCCGAGUUCUACGGCGCAUUCUCCACCGUUGACGACGUCAAGGGCAAGGCGAAGCAGCUCAGCGCCGAGGCUACGGCCGAGUUUGAGAAGGCCAGCGCCAAGGCCCAGUCUGCGGCUGGCGGCAAGAUUGAGCUGUACUCUGGAAAGUACUAUGCUGCUUGCACCGUCGGUGGCCUCAUGGCCUGCGGCUUGACGCAUACCGCCGUCACUCCUCUGGAUCUUGUCAAAGUGAGAAGACAAAUCGACUCGAAGCUGUACCGCGGAAACUUCCAGGCUUGGGGAAUGAUCUUCCGAAAGGAGGGUCUCCGUGGCAUCAUGACAGGCUGGGGCCCGACUUUCUGGGGCUACUCCGCGCAGGGAGCUUGCAAGUACGGAUUCUACGAAUACUUCAAAAAGACCUACGCCGACCUCGCGGGCCCCGACAACGCCAAAAAGUACCAGACGAUUCUCUUCCUCUCCGCCUCAGCCUCCGCCGAAUUCCUCGCCGACAUCGCUCUCUGCCCCUUUGAGGCUGUCAAGGUCCGCAUGCAGGGUGGUAUCCCGUCCCCCUAUAAGGGCACUCUCGACGGCAUCAGCAAGGUCACGGCCAAGGAAGGGUGGGGAGGCCUCUACAAGGGCCUGUACCCGCUCUGGGGCCGACAGAUUCCCUACACCAUGAUGAAGUUCGCCUCCUUCGAGACCAUUGUCGAGAUGAUGUACGCCCGCCUCCCGGGUCAAAAGUCUGACUACAGCAAGGCCGCCCAGACGGGCGUGUCGUUUGUCAGCGGUUACCUGGCAGGUAUCCUCUGCGCCAUCGUCUCACACCCGGCCGAUGUCAUGGUCAGCAAGCUCAACGCGAACCGCGCGCAGGGCGAGGCGUUCGGUGCGGCUAUGGGCAGGAUCUACAAGGACAUUGGAUUCUCUGGUCUCUGGAACGGUCUGCCUGUCCGUAUCGUCAUGAUUGGUACCCUGACCGGUCUCCAGUGGAUGAUCUACGACUACUUCAAGAUCUUCAUGGGCUUCCCCACCACCGGAGGAGCAGCUCCCCCCGCCGAGAAGAAGUAAUUCAGCAGAUAUCCUAAUGGUUGGGUGAACGGAGGGUUGGACCACUGCAACCUGGGUUGUCCAGCUAGUAUACUAUGAACACUGAGGAUCUCUCGAGGGAGUUCUCUUAGCUCUUACACUACUGUAACAAUGAAAGAGUCUUUUUACAAAUGUGUAGAAGCUCACCUAGCUUAAACUCGCACCCACGCUUCUUCGAGCCUUCUUAUUUUCAUGUUCGUGUUAACAUCCUUUGACCAAAGCAUGGGUCUAGCGUCUCAACAAGAGGUCCGUCAUCAGUCAUUCUUCUCUCACGUGGGACGCUUUGGCCAGAAGAACCGCG